CGUUGACGUUAACAGUUGAACACAGAACAGACCACCAGGCGUAUUUAAACCUGCAGAGCUCGAGAAGACUUCUUAACGCUUGGUUUCUUCAAGGUAAAAUAUUUUAUACAUUUGCUAUAAGAUUUGUGUCAUUAAUAUUAAAGGUCGGUGUUACCUGUUGAGCAAUGCUAUUUAAUUGCCAAAAUAUACUGAUGUUAUUUGAGUUUUCUUAAAUAACAUCACUCAAUAGGUGACACUGAGCCUUUUAAGCAAGUAUAAGGCAUAUAACCUUUUAAGCAAGUAAAAGGCAUAACCAUAGACUGUCAGUGAUAAGAUGUAAUGCAAUUGAAGACACAAAACCACAUGAUUUAGGCAAAGCUACCUUAAUUCAACACAUAGAGAUUGGUUGCUGACUACUGAACCCAAACUAUAAGAAUAGUGGUUGUAUGUAUGUAUGUGAAAGUUUUUCAAGGUUUCUUUUUUGCACUUUACUUGCGAUUAAGCUAUGUUAUAACAGCAUUUAACUUAGUUUCCUAGCAGUUUUACAAAUAUGUAUAGUUAGCUGGCAUGCUGAGUAACUAGACAAAUUAACAUAAUUUGUUUAGCUGCUAUAACAUGUUGUUCAUGCAUGAUUAUGCAUGUGAGGUGUGGUGAUAAUACCUCAUUUCAAAAGCCGACAUUUUAUUAAACUGAUAAAGCCGACAUUUUAUUAAAGAAACUCGUUGCCUUGUUGAAUACAUAUCUACGCUAAAGCCUGACGCAAUUUUAGUCGGCCAAUUGAAAUUAAUGAAAUCCUUCAUCCUUGCUUGUGCAGCUGUACAAUAUCAUAGCGAUUUUGGUCGACCGAUUUUAAACGGACAAGAUCAAAUUGUUUUGAUUUGCUCAAGUUUUAUUGGCCGAGAAGUUGAGGCUUGAAAAUACAUGCCACUCCUUCCACUUUCUUGCAUCGAAAUGAAGAUCGAAUUUGUGCCACAAAAACGCAGCAAGAAUUGAUUCAUAAUUGGUUUUGGCCAUAAAUUUGUAUGACUUGGUUGGCGCUAAAAUCGCCAGCAAAUUAGCAUAUAGUUGAACGACAGGGUGGUGAGAAAAGCUCACGCUUCUUAGAGAAGACAUAAUACGACUUAAUCUAUUUUUAGAGCUUCUUAGCCCCCCUGUGAAAAGUGUUAUUCCAGACAACUGGAGCGAAACAGAGAAUAAUAUAUGUAUAUAGUCAUCUUAUUUUCAGUUUGAAUUUUUUCUCUAAUAAUUCAUGUUUAGCAGUUGAAAUUUUUCAAAUGUGUUUUUAGACUACGAAGUUAUGUGGUACUGUAUUAAUAUUGACAUUCCAGACAAACAGUGCGACGAAAUUAACAGUGUUUGAGUUGUUUGCCGAUAUUAUCAUGGAUUUUCGUCUCAUUUACAGAAUGAUGAAGAUUUUGGUAUUCAUUUUCUUUUUGGUAUUGCAAGUGUGCUGGGUUACUGUCUUGGCGGAUCAGUCCUCAGGAGGCCAAGAUGAGAUUGAAAAUGUUUUGACUGAAAUAGUGGAUUCAAGGUAAUCAUGCACGCAUCAGUUUAAUAUCGCCGGCUACUGAAAUGCGGUGUUUUCGUAUAGUUUUAAUUUCGUGCGCCUGGACACGGUACAAACCUCACAAAUCACGCUCAAAGGCUAUGUUGCUCGGCGCAAUUUGUGCUGUAACUUGUACGGUCUUUCUUAACUAUAUAACUGGUUGGAGCAAAGCUCCCUCCAGCCCCCAUGGUGCCCCCCCCCCCACUCAACAAUUUUGGCCCACAGUCAAACUCCCUUUUCUCUAUAAUACAAGCAAGGUAUUGGAAUAAAAAUGGAACUGGGAGGUUUGAUAUUCUAGUAACUGAAAUUUGCUUUGUGAAUCUUAUGUCCCGUCUCAGUUUAUAUUCAACAGAUGAUUCAAUGUCUUUUAAAAUAUAUAUAUAUAUAUUAAACAUUAAUUGUGUUGUAAAUACCUUAAAAUUUCCAAGUGGAUAGCAUAUCCCAGGCCCUAUAAAUUUGAGUUGUUGGAAGGCUAGGCUAAACAAGUUAGUGACUGAGUUCUGGUAUAUUUACAUAACUUGCAUGUACUUAACUGAAGAUUCAGUCUAUAUACAGUAUAAUUUAAACUCUGUAUAUACAAAAAUGUGUUUCAGAAAACGCACGAAAUGCAGUUCUAGGACUUCUAGGGGUGGAAAUAUGCAAACAUUUUUUGGGAGAAAAUACCCCCAGACCCCCUACUAUUUACAUACAAGGGGUGGCACUGGGGGCACGUGCCCCCACCACCACCACCAACUUCCAGUUCAAAAGUACCCUUUUUCCUGGAGCAAAGUGCCCUUUACCUCCGUCAAAAAUGUCGUUUAGAUUGCAUUUUUUGCCCAAUGGCCUUUGAUUUAUGAUUGGAUUUGUUUUUGUAUUUAGGUAUUUCCUGAAAAAUUCUGUUAUUUUUGGGUAAAAGUUUGUGAUUUUCGGGAAAAAAUAUGAUAUCUCCGGAAAAUUUUUUAGUACGUCCGGAAAAUUUUUGUCAUCUUCUGGAAAAAAUGUGAUAUGUCCGGAAAAAUUUUUGGUAUGUGCGAAAAAUGUUUUUAAGAUGACCCCCCUCCCCCCCGUAGCCAACAUUUCCGGAAAAAUUUUUUAGGUGCCUUUUCAAUCGAAAAGUGCCCCUCGAAGCCUGCCCCCCCCCCAACUUUUAGAUGCUUCCUACGCCCCUGACCACACUAAACCUUUUGUCACUAACAACCAUCUGUCAUCUCUCCACACUCAGUAUAGUAUGGUCUCUUUUUGUAGAUGCCCCCCCCCCCCAUAGAAGAAUUCUUAAAAAAGGCCUUGGGCCAACAGCCGGGCUUUCAGAGUAAUUUUUGUGUGAGCGGCUGUGGUGAGAAAAUAGGCGGAUGAAAUCAUCUUACUUUUGUUUUACAAAUGUGGAAUAAAUUUGAACAACAGUACUUCAUCAAUUGGUUAUCAUGCAGCUAAGCUUAUUUAUACUGCCAUAUGAGAAGGAUGGCUAAAGAUAUUGUUAAUGAGAAAAGAUAUAUAGGCUAGGACGUUAAAACGACAAGAUUUUGAUGACUGUGGGUUAGGAAAAAGCAAACUGAGAAUUUCGAACAAAAUUUAGUCGUGCAUCUUACUAUAACUGUAGCCCGUUGUUUUUUAGAUAAUCUCAAUCUCAAUUUAUUAAGCCGGUAAACUUCUAGAAAAUCACACCAACUUUAAAACUAUAAAUAAACUAAUUAAAAUAUGAACAAUGUCAAUGCAUAUAAAUACGUUUAAAAGGUCCUAAGUUAGCUAAAAUACAAUAUAAUACAAUUAAAAAUGACUACUUAGUUUCGUUCUGAAUUUGCCCAAUGAACUUGAGUGGACUAGUUCAGGUGGUAGCUUAUUCCAUUCUCUAAUAUAUAGUUCUUGGGAAAUAUACUGAAUAUUUAAAAACGUCUUCAGUUGCCUUAGGAAUCAGUGAUAUUUCAAUGGGUGGCUGCCGCGUGUUCUAGAUUCUGGGCAGGGACAUGGCGACUAGGGGGGGGGGGAGUGCGGGGGUGGUGUAAGCCACCUCCAACUGUGAAACUCAGGCAAAAUCAGGUAAAAUUCAAGUUAAAAAUUUGACAUUUUAAGGUAAAAUUUGCGUAAUAAAGUCGUUAUUUGCGUGAAAUGCUAACCAUUUUUGCAAAAUACAGUCAAUUUACAUCCAAUUCGUUCGCCAAGUUGCUUUAGAAAACGCCAGAAAUGCAGUUCUAGAGCUUCAAAAACGUAAAAAUGUUUCUGGGAGAGGACCCCGUUUCUCCCGAAACUUAGUAUGACAGUGCCAAUAAUCACAAAGACCUUUAUUAUAUAAUUAUUAAACGUCAGGUGAAUUUUUAACAUUGAAGUUCAAAUUUCAGGUAAAACCUCCGACACCCCAACUUCAGAUGCUUUGCUACGUCCCUGCAGAUUCUGGGUGUAAUUUCAAAUACUGAUCGGUGUUAAAAUCUACAAGGCUAUCAUUGUUACUCUUGAUUCCACCCUCCUCUCUUCCAAUGUAAGGGGGUAAGCUUGCUAAUAUAUAUACCCAAACAAUACUUUUCUUUUGUUGUAGCCCCGUCGCGAAAAACUCUGUAAAAGAAAAGAGAUGGUUCAACUCCAACAACAAUAACAAUAACAACAACAACAACAAUAACAACAACAAUAAUAACAAUAAUAACAAUAACAAUAACAACAACAACAACCGGUAUUGUACUGAACCCUGUUACUGUUGGAUUGGUCAGCGGCAUACCUCCAGUGUUUACGUGAAUUAUGGAAAGAUACCUUGUCGAGGACCUUCAGAUUCUCAUGCAUGCGCAUCAGCGUGUGUGAAAAAGUGUGGAUGUAAGUAAACACAAGCUGACUCCACCGUAACUUGGAUUUAGGACGGAGAUCUUGUCCAAAAAUUUAAUACAUCAGGUUCCUCCACACAAAUGUCCAGAAUGACAAUAUGCUGAACACAGGGCUCCAGUUGCAGAAAAAAGUCAUUAAAGUUAGUUGUCACAACUACACUUAGAGCUAGAAUCACUCAUUUUAGUCAACUACAAUCCAAUACUCAAACAUUAUAAACCAACGACUAUUUUUUCUACCGACGCUGACACUAGAACAGAUCUCAUUGCCCAUUGGUAUCAACCACUAGUAUCAAUUAUAGAAUCCUCUCGCAUUAUAAACCUGUUGACUGGACUAUUUGGAAAUUUAUGAAUUUUUAUGUUUUAUUUCAGAUUACAUUAGAAGUUUUAGUUACUUGUGCAAAAAGAUAAACGGAGAAUACGAUACUGCGCAAGGAGGACUUGCGUGUUACGCCAGCCACCAAGAUCCCACUGCAACUCAAAAGAGUAAGAGAAGCCCCAACAACAACAACAAUAACAACAACAAUAACAACAAUAACAACAACAACAACAACAAUAAUAACAACCACAACAACAACAACUGUUUGUGUAGACAGAAAAGGGCAAACAACAACAACAACAACAACAAUAACAAUAACAACAACAAUAACAACAACAACAAUAACAACAACAAUAACCACAACUGUUAUUGCGACUUCAAUGAGCUUUGGAAUGCAGUUCGUUAUCCUCACAGGCGAUUUUGUUGCAAAACCACAAAAUGUCCAGGCUGGUCUAAGCCGUACCGUGGAGUAUGCCGACUACUAGUUUGUAGUAAAGGUAUGUUUGUAUUAAGCUUGUCAAGAAUUACACUUUUUUAUAUCUACGUAACUCAAAACUAACGAGUAUAAUAUACCACUUGCCACUUGGUUAUGACUGCAUUCAAAAGUCUUAAUUUUUUAUACAUUUCUCAUUUGGCAACCAACUUAAAAAGUAUAUGUUGGAUGUCACCGACUAGACUGAUAACGCGUUCACACCCACAAACGCCCACGUUACACGAGGCAAUUUUUGUCACUUGCAACGCAAUUUUAAACAUAGACCGAUGUCAAGGCCUUUAUACUAGAUUGUGCUGGCAUAUUAUACUACUAAAACAAUGCUCGUUGUUUGUCUAUACAAAUUAUGCUGAAACUAAACAGGUUAAUAUAGCAAUGGCACUGCCACGACUACAAACAAUUAUGAAUUUAAUAAAACGUGUAUUGUAACUUUAAUUUUCGGCAGCAUGCCACCGCCUUCGUCAGAAGCUAAAUAAAUAUAGUGAAUUACCUCCCUUAUAUACAACAAUAAAAAAAUUAAUACAAUAUUAACAAAGCUUAAAGAACCCAUUGUUGGUAAUAAUCAUGGCUGGUAUUCGAAAACUCCCAAAUUAUAAAAUAUUAUAACAUAAUAUUAUUAUAUUAAAUAUUAUAUUAUAUUAUAUUAUAUUUAUAUUUAUAUUUUAUAUGUAUAAUUUAUUAUAGUUUUGUAUAUACUUUUUAGUGCCUAUAUACACUUUCUUAUGUGCUCAUUAAAAUAUCAAGUUGAAAUGCUCACUAAAGUGCUCAUCUAUGACUAUGAAGUGGUUUAUAACCACGCUACAUAUUCUACGCUUAUGCUUUCUAUGUGACUUGUAAUUCGCCAAAUGAGGCUUGAAAUUCAUAUCAUACAACCAACCCCCUGCAGGCCACAACUGCACUAGACUUGCUCCAAGUCUCUCUUUCAUUUUCAUAUAGAUCCAUUAUAGUGUACAUUACUACGUCAUGUAAUGUACACUAUAGUGGAACGAUACUAUAUGACAAUGAAAGAGAGACUUGGAGCAAGUCUACACUUGCACAAGCCAGACACUAAACCACAUCUAUGUCUGUCAACGCCUGACCACGAACGGGCAUUUUCUCCCGUACUAACUCAAAUAUAACGGUAAAUUUAUAUCUGACCCUUUCAACCCCUGACUGGUUAUCUACUGAUAUAGACGGAACAUGGAAGUACAGUCGAAUCUCUAUUAAGCGGCCCUCCAUUAAGCGGCCACCCUCUAUUAAACGGCCACAUAUCGAAGUCCCGAAAUUUUUGUAAUAAAAAUACUAUAAACUAUCCCUCUAUUAAACGGCCACCUCAAUUAAGCGGCCGCGGCCACCCAAAGAGCGGUCCCAAAUGAUGUUUUAUGUCAUUUUUUACCUCUAUUAACUGGCCAGCCUGCAUGAUUUUUAGGUUUAGAUAUAGGUAAUGAAUUAAUGAGAACCAUAUUGGUGCCCUAGUAAUAAAUUUACGCGUGAAAUAUGAUAGUGUGAUGGCCUCGUGUUGUUGGCACAAUAUAUGCCGGUGAAAAAAUGUUAUAGUAGAUGAAACUGAGAAUUAAUUAAUUAAAGAUAAAAUCACUGUAUUCUGUGAGGUAAAAUGGGAACUGGGAAGGGGUAAAAUGGGAACUGGGAUUGAUCUAUUUUUAGACUGGGAAAAUGGGAUUUGGGUUGCUGGGACUGGGAUUUGGCCACUGGGAAUGGGAAAUGAAGUCCUCAAAAAUGGGAAUGGGAUUGAGGCAAUGCGAGUCGAUUCCCAAUUUUACUACGUUUUGAGUAUUUUAAAAUACAAUUUUGAUCCGUUUUUGGUGUCUUUAACCAUGAUUUUUGUUGUUAACUAUAUUAUUCACAGCACUACCUGCGAACAGGCAUACUCUGGCGCCCGGAAUUCUGGGUUUUCUGAUUAUGCGUGUCUCAGAAUGCUGCAAAUGCCAUUUCCGGGAUUCAAAUUUAAAAAUUUUCCGUGCCUUCGGCACGAGCCCCCCCCCCUAAUAUUUCACAAAGUGUCCACCACUUGCUUAAAAGGUCUUAAAACUGUUUAUUCUACCGAUAAAUACAGGGGUUUUUAUUGACUGGGAUUUCAAAAACUGGGACUGGGAUUUCUAAUAAAAAUCCAACUGGGACUGGGAUUUUGCCAAAAUUUCAGGUGGGAAAUGGGAUUGGGACCCCCCUUCAGGACCCUCUUCUGUGAUUUAUAAUUAAAAAUAGACAUUUGACUACGCCCAGGGUCUAUUAUUUGCGUACCUCUAUUUAGCGGCCAUCUCUAUUAAGCGGCCACAAAGCCGAUCCCCGAGGGUGGCCGUUUAAUAGAGGUUCGACUGUAAUAUCAAAACUAACAAGCUCAAUGCUCGUUUCCACAAAUUAUGCCAAACAAUAGCCUAGCUUUAGAUAACACGACCAUGACUCUGUGCCAUUAUGUUGCAAAUGUAAUUAUUGCAUCAAAAAUUGCCUCGUCUAACGUGGCCUUAAAUUAUCUUUUUUCUUUAGUUGGUGAUAUGCAAGAUGGAUUUAAAGGUGAUGGUUAUGCCGCUGAAAGUGGUCGACUUUACAAGAUAUCUCAACCUACCACAACCGCACCUUAUUAUAGUUAUAGCUGUUAGCCUCCGCUUUUUUUUGUUUGAGAAGUCAAUUAUAUACACCGUUGACUGUUGCCAUUGCUUAAAUACAAUUAUUGCUUGUUGAUUCAACUGCUUCUUAUAGAUUGUAGCGUUGCUUUGCAAUACCAUGCACUUUGAUUCAAUAUUUUAUGCUUUAUUAUUUUUAUAAAUAAAUUGCACUUU